UCUUUAAUCUUAUUUUUCCAUUAUUAAUCUAUGGCAUUCACUUUGAUGUGUUAAUAAUAAAUUAGCAUUUUAAUGCUCUCCAGUGGGACGUAUUUAGGACAAAUCUGUUAUUAUGCAAACCCUGCUCACCUGCUAGCUGCGUCUCAUUGUUAGCCUGAGCUAAAGAAGCAUGGUCUUCUUUGGUCAUUUUAACGGCAUGYAUUUACAAUAAGACACUAGAUGUGAUGGAAAUUUAUUGUAUUGUUUAAUUCGGUUCUUAGAUUAUGAAAUCUAACCGACAUGUKGUAAAUUUUGCUCGUUAUUAGUAACAAAGCCAUUGUGUGCGCUAGCAGGGUCCAUCUUUCGGUGCUAGCUUCCGUUGCUAGCUGACGUUAGUUCAUUGAACCAACAUAAUAAUAGAAACAGGAAGCUAGGGAAGGCUAUUUUAGUGAUGAUUAAUGCCAAAGCUACGGAAGAGGAUCAGGUAAUCUAGGAAAUGGAUUAAUAUUAACUUUGUUCUCAUAAUUAUGUGCAAAAUGGUAAAAUUAUGUCAUUUAUUUCAAAGGGAAACAUUUUUUUUGUAACUCAUCAUCCAAGUAUGAAAGAGGUCGUGGAUGGUGAUACUUUUGGCAGGAAGGGUCUCCAGUAGCAGUUAGUCAUGCUACGAAUCUGAAGAGGCCUCUGACUGAACACUGUAGCUGUAUGACAGUUGAUUGUUAUGACAUGCUAACAGCUGCUAGCAGCAGAGACGAUAUUCCACAGUAACAUUUCAUGGAUGACGCCAACAGUUGGUGCUAAUCCACCUCGCUUGUUUUUGCUGCUCCUCUCUUAUUGUUUGUCUGGCCUAAUGGUUAGAAACCCGGGCAGCAGGGGAGAUGGAGUGGAAAGUCAAAAUUCAUUUUUUUUUUUUUCACUGGUCCUGAUCCUCUUCCGUACAAAGAUGAUUACACAGGAAAAACUUUCUCUUUUUUCCGUUUUCCUGAUUAAACUGACUCGAACAUUUUGUCAGUGACGUCUCGGGUGUUUUUCUUUUCUGACUUUGUUAGCUUGUCUUGAACCAAGUGUCUUAUUAAAGGCCGACGGUGCUGUUCAGUUCGUGUGUAACCAUAUUUCUGGUUCUGUCUUCGUCCCUUAGUGUUUGAAUGGAUAUUACCAGGUGUACGGAGAAAUGGGUAAAACAAGACAAGGAGAGGCCUCCAUCGUCUUCCAUUAUGCUGUCUAGCAAGAAAUCAGAUGCAGGCUCUUCGUCCUCCUCCUCUUCAUCUUCUGUGGGRGCAGCKGGGGGCGAACGGCCGCUGGGAGCCGAUGUCCAGAGCGGCCCGUCCGCCUCGGCCGCUGGGCCGCUGGACCCGAAGAAGAAGGAGAGAUCGUCCCCGAGCGGGGAGCCCGGCGGGCCCCCGUUCCCCCACCAGUCAGGGCCUGCAGGCGCCGACGCUGACUCGGCUGAAGUCCGCAGAACGAGUCGGCGGAAGCGAGCAAAACAGGUGGAGUACCGCGAGAUGGACGAAAGCCUGGCCAACUUGUCCGAGGACGAGUAUUACUCUGAGGAGGAGAGGAACGCCAAGGCGGAGAAGGAAAGGAAGCAGGUCAUCCCUCCUCCGGCGCCGCCUCCGGAGGAGGAGAACGACAGUGAACCUGAAGAACCAUCAGCGUCGUCUUCAGGUCUGGAAGGAGCUGCKUUCCAGAGCCGCCUUCCUCACGACAGAAUGACGUCCCAGGAAGCCGCCUGCUUCCCCGACAUCAUCAGCGGCCCUCAGCAGACCCAGAAGGUCUUCCUGUACAUCCGCAACCGCACCAUCCAGCUGUGGCUGGACAACCCGAAGAUUCAGCUCACCUUUGAGGCGACUGUUCAGCAGCUGGAAGCUCCAUACAACAGCGAUACGGUUUUGGUUCACAGAGUUCACAGCUACCUGGAGAGGCACGGCCUCAUUAACUUCGGCAUUUACAAGAGAGUCAAGCCUUUACCCACGAAGAAGACGGGGAAGGUCAUCAUCAUCGGCGGCGGCGUUUCCGGCCUGGCUGCAGCCAGACAGCUGCAGAGUUUUGGGAUGGAUGUUACAGUUCUGGAAGCCAGGGACCGCGUGGGAGGAAGAGUCGCCACGUUCAGGAAGGGAAACUAUGUAGCCGACCUGGGAGCCAUGGUGGUAACCGGACUGGGAGGGAAUCCCAUGGCGGUGGUCAGUAAGCAGGUCAACAUGGAGCUGGCUAAGAUCAAGCAGAAGUGUCCUCUGUACGAAGCCAACGGCCAGGCUGGUGAACGGUGCACCAGUGUCCCGAAGGAAAAAGACGAGAUGGUGGAGCAGGAGUUCAACCGGCUGCUGGAGGCCACCUCCUACCUCAGCCACCAGCUGGACUUCAACUUCCUCAACAACAAGCCGGUUUCACUGGGCCAGGCGCUGGAGGUGGUCAUCCAGCUGCAGGAGAAACACGUUAAAGACGAGCAGAUUGAACACUGGAAGAAGAUCGUUAAGACUCAGGAAGAGCUGAGGGAUCUCCUCAACAAGAUGGUUUCCACUAAGGAGCGCGUCAAGGAGCUCCACCAGCAGUACAAGGAAGCGAGCGAAGUGAAGCCGCCCAGAGACAUCACUGCUGAGUUCCUGGUGAAGAGCAAACACCGCGACCUGACGGCRCUCUGCAAGGAGUACGAUGAGUUGGCGGAGCUGCAGGUGAAGCUGGAGGAGAAGCUGCAGGAGCUGGAGGCCAACCCCCCCAGCGAUGUUUACCUUUCAUCCCGGGAUCGGCAGAUCCUAGACUGGCACUUUGCCAACCUGGAGUUUGCCAACGCCACUCCCCUCUCCACCCUGUCUCUGAAGCACUGGGAUCAGGACGACGACUUCGAGUUCACCGGCAGCCACCUGACGGUGCGGAACGGCUACUCGUGCGUCCCCGUGGCGCUGGCUGAGGGUUUGGACAUCAAGCUGAACACGGCGGUCCGGCAGGUCCGAUACACGGCGUCUGGAUGUGAGGUCAUCGCCGUCAACACGCGCUCCACCACGCAGACCUUCAUAUACAAGUGCGACGCCGUCCUGUGCACGCUGCCGCUGGGCGUGCUGAAGCAGCAGCCGCCCGCCGUCCAGUUCGUCCCGCCGCUGCCGGAGUGGAAGACCUCGGCCAUUCAGAGGAUGGGCUUUGGAAACCUCAACAAGGUGGUGCUGUGCUUCGACCGGGUCUUCUGGGAUCCGAGCGUCAACCUGUUUGGUCAUGUCGGCUCCACCACCGCCAGCCGGGGCGAACUCUUCCUCUUCUGGAACCUCUACAAAGCGCCCAUCCUGCUGGCCCUGAUGGCCGGAGAGGCGGCCGGCAUCAUGGAGAACAUCAGCGACGACGUCAUCGUCGGGCGCUGCCUCGCCAUUCUCAAAGGGAUAUUUGGGAGCAGCGCCGUGCCUCAGCCGAAGGAGACGGUGGUGACGCGGUGGCGGGCCGACCCCUGGGCCAGGGGCUCGUACUCGUACGUGGCGGCCGGUUCUUCGGGUAACGACUACGACCUGAUGGCCCAGCCCAUCACGCCCGGCCCGGCCAUCCCAGGAGCCUCACAGCCCGUCCCUCGGCUCUUCUUCGCCGGUGAGCACACCAUCAGAAACUACCCGGCCACUGUUCACGGCGCCCUGCUGAGCGGCCUGCGCGAGGCCGGCCGCAUCGCCGACCAGUUCCUGGGCGCCAUGUACACGCUGCCCCGACAGGCCACGCCCACAGCCACCAGCAACCCUCAGCAGGCGCAGCCCGCCGCCGCCGUCUGAGGCGCCGCCGCCGCCGCGCCGGAGCUCAAGCAUUACGACAAAACCCAGCUGGGCUGAGCAUGAAGACUGUGAAAUCGCACCAGAGGUUCAUUUCUUUCAGGAUUCUGGGAUUCUGUUUGGUUCCUGCGGUUUGGACCCGUCUGAAAUUUGAUUUGAUCGGUUUUCCAAGUCGGGAUGAGAAUGGAAAAGACUCAUUAUCUAAAAAAAGAUCAUUUUUAUUGACAUUCAGAUAGUGACCUGUACUUAAACCUGGAGUUUGUGCUUUGAGUUACUGACAGAAACACUCACUGUAAAACCAAAAGGGACAUUUCAGUUUAUUUUUACACCAGAGCCAAGAUCUAACUUCAGAUUAGAUUAAAGGAAAGGAUGAGAUAAUUCACUCCAGGUUUUAAACUGUGGAAUAGCCCUUUAUAACAGAUCUAGAAGACAGCUUCAGCAAUGGUUUUAAUGUGUUUAUGGAAAAACGGAUUAAAACCCAACAAGAUCUCAUAAAAAUAAUGGAAAUCAUCCACUAUUUAGUCUGGAAAAGCUCUUGUAGGAACCCUGAAGAAUCCUUAUUUAUAGUAAAUCCAUCAUAAAUAAAGCAGAGAAAUGGGAUUA